AUGACUACACUUCGCAGAAGUACAUUUCUUCCGUACAAAGCUACUUUGACUGAGGAGAACCUCCCCGAUCAGUCUGGCAAGGUCUUCAUUGUCACCGGCGGCAACAGUGGCGUUGGGAAAGAAUUGGUCAAAAUCCUCUACCAGCACAAUGCUCGAGUCUGGAUAGCGACACGCUCCAAGGAGCGCACCGAUGAGGCCAUUGCCGAGAUUAAGAAGGCUCACCCCAAGUCUCAAGGCCAGCUCCUCUUCCUCAAGCUUGUGCUUGACGACCUUACGACGAUCAAGCAGUCAGCAUCUCAGUUUACCUCUCAAGAAACGCGUCUCGAUGUCAUCUGGAACAAUGCAGGCGUCAUGCUACCAGCGGAAGGCUCCAAGACCGCCCAGGGCUUUGAGUUGCAGCUCGGUGUCAACUCGCUGGCUCACUUCCUGUUCAUCAAGUUCUUGACGCCGCUACUUCAAGAGACUGCCAAAACUGCACCACCGCGAAGUCCGGCCAUUGACUUUGGCAACAUGGACUAUCGCAAGGAAGAGGACAACAUGACGAAAUAUAAUCGGUCGAAAGUUGGCAACUUGAUCCAUGCCGCUGAGUUUGACAGACGAUUUCCGGAGAGCAACAUUGUCAGUGUGUCCUUGAAUCCAGGACUCUUGAAGACCAACCUACAGCGGAACUUUGGUGCCGCUCAAAAGUUCCAGGUUAAACUCAUGGGAAAGCCUGCCAAGUAUGGAGCGUACACUGAAUUGUUUGCGGGCCUUGACUCUUCAAUCACGUCCAAGGACAAGUGGAUCACUCCAUUCGGGAGGCGAGAGGAGCCCCGAGCGGACAUCGUCGAACCUGAGCUGGGGAAAAGGUACUGGGACUGGAGCGAGGAUCAGGUCAGGUCCUUUCUCUAG